CAAAUUUUUGGACCAUCACCAGCACUCGCCCAAAUGGCUGAGAUCCAUGACCAAUUCGAUACUAUUCUUAUCCUCGAUUUCGGCUCCCAGUACAGCCAUUUGAUCACCCGACGAUGCCGCGAACACAAGGUAUAUGCGGAGCUUAUGCCAUGCACGACGAAGAUCGCGGAUGUCAAGUUCAAACCGAAAGGGAUCAUCCUCUCUGGGUCGCCUUACUCCGUGUACGAUAAGGACUCGCCUCAUGUCGACCCUGCCAUCUUCGAUCUCGGUGUUCCUAUUCUUGGUAUCUGCUACGGUCUGCAGGAAAUCGCCUGGCAACUCAAAGGCUCCGUGACGAAAUGCGACCACCGAGAGUACGGAUUCGCCCAAAUCAAGCUGAAGAAGAUCGGAGGCGGGAACGCGGCGACGGUGGACUCCCUGUUUGAGGGACUGGGAGACGAGAUGCAAGUCUGGAUGUCUCAUGGAGAUCAACUCUCUGCACCUCCCCCCGAUUUCCAUGUCAUCGGUUUCACAGAAACUGCCCCUUUCGCUGCACUGGCACACAACACGAAGCCUUUGUACGGCAUCCAGUUCCACCCCGAAGUGACCCACUCCCCUCGCGGCAAGGAAGUCAUUGGUCGUUUCAUCCUCAACAUCUGUGGAUGUCAGCCGCACUGGACCAUGGUAGAGUGGCGUGUUGCCCAUUGCGCGUUAUCUGACGUUCUCCAGGAAGAAUUCAUCGGCAAGGAGAUUGCACGCAUUCGUGACAUCUGUGGGCCCACUGGUCGCGUUAUCGGUGCUCAUGCCAUUAUGCUCAACGGUCAUUCAUGCUUUCUCAGAUUCCAUGCUAUCAUGGUCGACAACGGUGUCUUACGGCUGAACGAAGCAAACCAAGUCAACGAGAUGCUGAAUCAAAAUCUGGGGGUCAACCUCACCGUCGUCGACGCGUCAGAUCUCUUCUUGUCUCGACUCGAAGGGAUCGAGGACCCUGAGCAAAAGCGCAAGAUCAUCGGCAACACGUUCAUCAACGUGUUCGAAGCCGAGGCGGCCAAGAUCGAGGCUGAAGCUGAGGCGGAGACCAAGUCUGGUGCAGCGGCCAAGGGCCGUGUCGAAUGGUUGCUCCAAGGAACGCUCUAUCCUGAUGUUAUUGAGAGCAUCAGCUUCAAGGGCCCUAGUGCUACCAUCAAAACUCACCACAACGUCGGGGGGCUGCUCAAAGACAUGAAACUGAAGCUUAUUGAGCCUCUCCGGGAGCUUUUCAAAGACGAGGUCCGAGCGCUCGGUCGUCUUUUGUCGAUCCCCGCACCCUUGGUUGGGCGGCAUCCUUUCCCUGGCCCCGGUUUGGCCAUCCGAAUUCUUGGUCCCGUGAAUCGAGAACAGGUCAAAAUCCUGCAACUGGCUGAUAAUAUCUACAUCGAAGAAAUCCGCAAGGCGGGUUUGUAUGACCAGAUUUCCCAAGCGUUUGCUGUCCUUCUUCCUGUUAAGGCUGUCGGUGUGAUGGGUGACAGCCGGACCUACGAGCAGGUCAUUGCGCUGCGGGCUGUUCAGACCGAAGAUUUCAUGACUGCGGAUUGGUAUAUCUUCCCUGCUGAUGUUCUGCGACGGAUAUCUUCCCGCAUUACCAAUGAGGUGUCUGGGAUCAAUCGUGUCACUUACGAUAUCUCGUCAAAGCCGCCCGCUACGGUCGAGUGGCUGUAAUACGUCUCCCUUGUUGUAUCUAGUAGAAUUUGAAUAGGUGGUCUAAUCAAAAGAGGUCGGUGGCUGUGUUGUUCAUGUUUGGUCGAGUUAGACAAUGGAUCGCGGCGGCUUGUUCUCCUCCAUUUAAGGCUGCAGCGCUUGAAACAGUGAUACCUUUCCUUCGCUUCUAGCAUGCUCGACUCUUCCCCUAUCGCUUUGUCUGUGUCUCCGCGCCGCCCGCUCAAGCGUUCUGCAUCGGUGGCAUCCCUUCCAACUCCUCCGCGCACGCGUCACAAACGAAAACGGGGCGGAUCCAAACACAGCGAUGACAGCGAGGAAGAAGAACCUGAAUCCUCUGACGUCGAGAUCGAUGAAGCUGCUGCGGUCAAAGAGGCGGAAGACGAGGAGGCGUUCUGGCUUUCUGCCAACAAAGUCACCAGAAAGGCCGCGACUGCCCCAUCGACGACCAAACGCGUCUCAGCUCCUCUUCUCUACCGAAAGCUGCAGCAGAGCCAGCCACGAACACGAGCUCAGCAGCAAACACAGUCGUCUCAAGGGCUCGUCUCGCCUCCACCCUCGCACCGCAAGCCGGUCGCCAAAGCUGCGGUGGCAGCGGUCUCUGCACCUCAGUCUGGGUGCAGUAGUGCUGCUUCUCCGCCAAAGACUCCGCCCUCCAAACCAGCAGCUGGCUGCUCCCGCCCUUCUCGCGAUUCUCCCGAAAAUCCAUUCCUUGCCUCCCCGUUGGGCCCCGACGAUGAAGUCUUCGUGAACGGGCCCGACUCGAUAUUGGCCCCUCAAGACGAAAAGGCGACAAUGGCAUUUGUUUUUCGUGGUGUGCGCAAGGAAUUCCCUAAUCCGCAUCUCAAAGCUGCAGCCGAAGGCCCGAAUCCGAACUCCAUGCUGCCGCCCGAGCAUCCGGACUUUGAACCUGACGAACGCGGUGUGCGCAAGCUAUUGUUUAGCGUGCGGCGCAAGGCUGGGGCUUCCAGCCCGCCGAAAGAUAAGGGCCGUCGGAGCUCGUCCAUUGCUAGAGGGCGACAAAGCCGGCGUGUUGCGUCAUCUUCCACUUCAGAGAAACGCGCUUCAGCCAUACCGACAAUCGAAGAGGAUCCCUUCCUCUGAAUCGCAGGAUUAUACUGUCUUUACUCUUUACCCCCCGCUUGAUCUACCUUUCCUAGCCCGCUUUGCACAUGCUCGCCUUGCAUGCAUAUACACCCUAUCUCCCUCCAUCUUUACAUAGUUCACGAUCUCCCCAUCCUUUCCAAUGUACAUGUGCUUCCACUACCGCGACACCUGCUUCCUCUCUAAUCUUCGAAAUGCUACGGUCUCGAUAAUGUAUCUUUACGUAUGAUCGAUUUGAAUUCAAGCAUUUAACAGAGAUAAUACAGCGGGUCUAUAGACG